AAAACUAGAAAACGUAGAUCGAGAAGAGGUUGGUCCGAUACAUGCCCCUGCGAUGCCUCAGCCUGCCACGAUCACGAUAGUCUGUACUGCUGCUCGAGGAUGUCCUGACAAAACAUUUUUGUUUUGAUAAGGACCUGACAAAAUGCUUUGGGUCGCAGACAGCCCAGUGCAGUUGGUCUGUUUUCUCUUCACGAACUUCUUUUCCAGUCACUUCCACAACGUGGCAACCCUUUCCGAUUCUUUCGGAUUCUAGCGAAUAGUGUUCUCUCAUUCAAGCUGCUGCUGCGAUGGCGGUCGUCGCUAAGGUGGGCAGGAGGCUGCGGCGAACAGGAAAGGACGCUUACAAAUUCGAGUUUACAGCCCUAUGCGAGCAGUUGGAGCUGCAGCUAAAGCCCGAAGUCAAGAAAUGGUCACCGUACAAGCUACUGGUGACGUUCUCGCGAGCUCACCGCCGAGUGGAAACACCACCCGUGUUUUUCAAGUCUAUCAUUGAGUCUGGUCAGGAAGGCAACGCAUCGUGGAAUCCGCCGUCAGAGCUCACACUGCUUGUCACGCUCUAUCGGACUCCAGAUACAGUGAAAUUUGACGAGAAAGAGUACAAGUUUGAAAUUGUGAACAUCGGCAAGAAUGGUGAUGCCAAACUGUUGGCAGUGUUCUAUGCCGACAUGGCGCAGUACGUCAAGGAGGACGAAUCCGAGAGUGUGCUGAGUGUGAGCUUCAAGCCGUCCUCGGUGAAGAUUGCCAGUGCCACGCUGGAUAUCACCAUCAAGUCUCGCCUGGUCAAGAAGGGCAAGGCUGGUGAUGAAGACAUGCAGAGCACGGCGAGUCGCCUCAGCCAGAGCAACAUUCGGGACUUGGAUGAAGACCUGCCUGAGGAUGAGCUUGACGAGCCGGACAGGCCCAAGAUCUCCAAGGCAGAGGACAAGGAGAUGAAGAAGACGCUGGCGCACCUGUCGAACGAGCAGAAUGAUAAUCCCGAAGCAAAGAAGUCAGCGGUAGCCGACUGGCUCGGCGUUACACCAGAGGCUGGUAGUGGCAGUAUUGACGCAAUGCUGGAGGCCGACUCCAGGUUUGCCGAUGCCUCGCUGAUCAACCGCGACGGCGAGGUCGAGCCGGUACAGCGACUGCUCAAGUCGGCAGUGAUCGGUGUCUACUUUUCGGCCGAAUGGUGUCCGCCGUGUCGGGAGUUCGUGCCCAAGCUGAAAACGUUCUACACAUCACUGAAGGAGAAGGGAGCGAGUUUUGAGCUGCUCUGGGUGUCCAGUGACAAGAGCGAUCAAGCCAUGCAGCGCUACGCACGCACCAUGGAAAUGCCUUUCCUGAUCCUUCAGUACGACCACCAGCUUGGGACUGAACUACGCGACUCCUAUGAGGUUAACUCCAUUCCAACGCUGUGUUUUGUGGACGCGGUGGGAAACAAGAUUGAGCAUCAUGGUCGCCAGGCCGUGGAGAAAGCGGUGGAAGCCGGUACGGAGUGGAGCUGCUACAAUCUCCUGCUCUCAAAGGUCUCCAGCAGCGCCAUGCUGACCGGCGCCAAGCCACUCGAGUCGCCGGAGGCUACUGAUGGUGGCAAGCCGAACGUGACCCUGCCCGUCUGGGGAACGGAAGUCAUCGAGCGAAGCCGCAGUCCUCCACCACCACCGACCACAGCUGCAUCGGACCCGGCCACCGUUGCUGCAGAUAAGCACACGGCGGAGGACACGUCGGCGUCGUGCAACAUCAAACCCGAGGAUAGCCUCACAGCAGCAGGGGCUCUUCUGGCCGCUGCAACCAGCGUGGAUCAUGACUCACCGCUGCACGACUCGGACGCAAACACUGCAGCAGCAAUGACAGGGCGCGAGGCAGCGCAUAGCUAUGACUCCAUGGAGGCUCUCGACGGCACGGGCCAUUCUGCCCUGGGUCCAGAUGAGGGUAUUGUUGACCGUGUGGAACAGCCGGACCCAGUAGAGAUCACCGAGAGCAAAGAACCCGUGUCCACCGACAAAGUUGUUGCGGCUGCUGCUCCAUCACCCGCUGCACCGGACGCCAGUGCUACGCCAGCAAUGGACCAACAGCACGAAUCCACUAUUUCCACACCACAAACUGCUCCAGAACAAGAGGAUGUUGCCAAGAAGAAUGCGCCUGAACCGAGUAACACAACACAGGAAGCGAACACAGCUUCUGCACCGCAGCCUGUGGUGCAGGCGGCCUCCAGCAACGCAACUCCAGCCCCUGAGCAGAGCAGUGCACUGAAAACGACAGAAGCUGAGGCGAGCCCUCCUGCCCCUGAACCAGUGGCGGAGGAACCCAAAGAAGACAUUUCAACACGCUCAGCGGCAGAUGCCGCCCGCAGUGCUGCCGUUGCUGCGGCUGCAGCAGCAGCUGCAGUAGCUGAGAUAGCCGCUAUGGCCGAGUCCAUGUCAGAGCAGGCCGAUGCGCUCGCUGCUGUUGACGACAUCACCGGACUCAGCGACGAGGAAGAGAGUGGUGGUGGUGCUGGUGGGAGUGAGGAGAGCACAGCUGCGACUACAUUGGAUCUUGCGGCUGUUGUAUCUCAAGCUGCUCCAGUUGUUGAGGAAGAGCCCCGUCAGACUGUAGCCCCUGUAGUUGCUUCAGCCCCUGUAGUCACUACAUCCACUAUAGAGUCUUUAGCCCCUGUAGUCACUACAUCCACUGUAGAGUCUGCAGCCCCUGUAGUCACUACAUCCACUGUAGAGUCUGCAGCCACUGUAGAGUCUGCAGCUGCCAUGCAGAAUGAGCCAGAAACCACUGCAGACCCGGCAGCAGACACAGAGAAAGAUGACGAUGCUACGAAGGCGUCUACGGAUGGUGAGAACAGAGUGACGGAAACAGCCCCAACUGCACAGUCCGAUGAUACAGCAGGACAGGCAGCCGAACAACCACCAGCGGCUAGUCAGGAAGCCAGCAACGCAAUGCAAGCAUCCACCACGGCUACAUCAGCUCCUACUGCGGAGGCAGUUGCCGAGCCAAUGCACGCAGAAGGGCCACAACCCCAGGCAGAAUCCAAGCCCGAGGACAACGCACCGCCGUGCUCGGCCGAAGAUGCGGCUUCCAACGCAGUCGCGGCCGCAGCUGCUGCAGCGUCCGCCGUGGCUGAGAUUGCCAUCGUGGCCGAAUCCAUGUCGGAGCAAGCGGAGGCACUUGCCACUUGCAUCGCCAAUGACGACAUCGACGUUGCCCGGCACAGCGAGGACGAAGCGGAGAACACUGAGCCGUGCGGCGGUGGUGUUAGCGGAUACGACGAGGAUGAUGAGGGCGAUGACAGCAAUGUUGACUAUGAUGACGAUGACGAGGAGGAUGAUGACUAUACAGGCGAGGAGGAGACAGCUAAUGGCUCGGCUGCGGCGGAGGACGUCACGUCACCGAAGAAAGGCGGCCUCUUGCAGGGCGUGAAGAGUAUUGUGAAGCGGCAGGAUAAGGAACAUAAGGAAGAACAGAAAGCGGAGAAGAAAGCGGAAAAGAAGGCGGAGAAGAAGGCGGAAAAGAAGGAAGAAAAGAAAGCAGAGAAGACUGCCAAGUCACCCGCCUUACAUCACUCUCAAAGCGAAGCGUCAAUGGUAUCAGCCGGGGAUAAGGAACAUAAGGAAGAACAGAAAGCGGAGAAGAAAGCGGAAAAGAAGGCGGAGAAGAAGGCGGAAAAGAAGGAAGAAAAGAAAGCAGAGAAGACUGCCAAGUCACCCGCCUUACAUCACUCUCAAAGCGAAGCGUCAAUGGUAUCAGCCGGGCCCAUGGCCGCGGCAACUAACAGUGGUCACGCCAAGGAUAAGAAGGGGCUGCUAGACCGUUUGAAGAUCACCAACACGCAAAUGGAGGCACUACUGGAGGAGAACAGACAGCUGAAGGAGGAGAACGAAGACCUGAUUGAGGAGAACCAGACGCAGGUGGAUAGGAUCGAUGAGCUACAGAUGCUGGUCCAGGACUUGAGACAAGAGGCGGAGAUCGCGGAAGCGGAGAAAUCCAAGCUGGAGAAGCAGAUCACCGAGCUCAACGUCCAGCUGUCUCUCAAAGGCUGGCUGUCCAAGCGAGGUGCCGUAGGGCCGACGAAGAACGUCUUCAGGCGGCGCUACUUCGAGCUCGGAUCAGAGGGCAUUUUGAAUUAUUACAGAGAGACCGAUGACGUUAAUCCGAAAGGCACGAUAGACCUGAACACAAUGUCCGGCGUUCAGGAACAGAUGCCCGAGCAUCAGGUGGACGCGGAGGCCGCCGUCUUCAAGCUCGUAACCCAGUCCAGAACGUACGAGCUGAUGGCCAGGGAUCGAGCCACCAUGAACCGGUGGAUCAAUGCCCUAGAUACAUACCACAGCAUGCUGAAGUCCAAGAGCAAGAAGGGCUGAGUGCCUGUGCUUGGUGUCACUGCUGUGCAGUGCUCUAGCACAGGCAUGACUGCCAUUGCACACCUAAGUUGAUUCCAUUACCAUUUCGAACUAGAUUCUAUUGACUGCACAGAGCUGUGCUCCAAAGAGGUUCACUGAGAUUCGUUUUUACGCAGAGAUUUAUCUAUCAGCAGUGCACGUUCAUGUCCGAGUGUCUCUCAGUCGGUCUAGUCAAGGCUGAGUGCGAGCGCAGAUAACGCCAGGACUCGCAGCAGCUAGCCGGCUGUUGCUUCUGGCCCGUCCGCUGUGCCACGGCUUUCGCCCGGCAAUGUGGCCGUGUGCUCUCAUGCUUGUAGGGCAGUGAUCACGGCAUGGUUGGUAACGGAUGUGCGGCACACAAAGCCAUGACAAGCCUGUUCGCUGGAUUGCCCUACCGUUUACAAUACUGGCACUAGCCACCGGCCUUCCCAACCCUGACUGUUUCCGGCGUGCAUUGGCAUCAUUUUAGCGGUAUAUUCUUAUCAUUGUUAUGGACUGGUUGUAGAGCAAUCAGCAUGUUCUUUCAUAGUGUGCAGCGUUCUGUUAUUCAACAGUACCACCAAGAAGUGGCAAGAGCCCAUAACUCUGGGGGUUAUGGACUCUUGCCUCUUGGUACCACUCAAGGGGGAAGCCCUCAAGGGAAAAUCCCUUUUCCAGGAUCUCUAUAUGAGUGCUGCGUACUCUGCCCAAAAUGGGUACCCUGGAUGUUACCAAUUGUACAUGGUAAACGUUCUGUACAGGUUAUUAUUACUCUUGAUGACGUGUAACUGCAUGACUGCGGCCUGGCUGCAUAUUCAUCCGUUCACCAUGUACAUAGCACUACAAUGAAUUUGCUGUCUCACAUGGAGACUCUGACUAUGGUAUACUCAAUUACUACUUUGCAGAGUCCUGGCACUUUAUUUUCUCAUGCAGAAUUCCUCCUUGAUCGCUGCUGCAGAUGAUCUGUUCUUGUAGAUUUUGACUUGCCGAUCAGCCUCAGUACAUGUAGAUCAGGGAGUCGUAAAAUACCGGUAUUUUACGACUCCCCGAUGUAGUCAUGUACAUUCUAUUCACUAUUGACUAUUGUGAUUGGAUUUCCAAUACCCGAUGAUCUUGUUUGCUCCAUUUUCAACAACCAUUUCCUUCAAAUCUCUUUCAAGCGGAUAUCAAACUCCGUAUUUACCCAGAGUCUCUUUUUCUGCAUGUGUAAUAAUGUUUUUGAAAUUAUAUUUCCUACCUUUGAAAUUGAACACAUGACGACUCCCUGUCCUGGGACAUUUCUAUGUUAUUCUUCCUCUGGCACUUUG